AUCGAAUAUUGUUUUUUCUGUUAAUGUAUUCUUCAUUUUAACAUGUUUACAUUUAAAGGCAUUUAGAGCGUAGAACGAGGAAAUAAAUUUGAUGUAACAAUUCACUCUGUUUAUGACUAACAAUGUUUUUAUAGUAACAUACCGGUAAAUAGAACAGUCUCAUAUUUACAGAUUAAUUGUUGAAAAUAAUUGUUUUGCCUGUUUCGUUAUAGUGAAUUGCUGCCUGUCGAGUAAAUUAUACACACAGGUUUAAAACCAUUGGUCUGCCUCUGGGUUUAAACAUUCUAGCAUAAUUUAUGUAUAUGACGUUGACAAGCCUCAACACAGGGACCGACGCAGGAUCCAGUGCAUGCUGCGACAACUACGAGAAAGACGAAAAUGGAGAAUGCAAUUCUUGCGUACCUGGAUAUUUUGGAGACUUUUGUAAAACACCUUGUCCUCUUGGUUCAUUUGGAAAGGACUGUGGAGGAUUGUGUUCUCUUACGUGUGUCCCAGAAGAUUGUGACCAUGUUAAAGGUUGUCUGCCUACAAAUACUGCCUCAGUCACAGCUUCAGAUGCGUCAGUUUUUACAACAGUUCCACAGCAUCAGAUUUUGAAUAUCUCAACAUCACCGCCAUAUUUAACACAUAUUUCAUCCACCACCAAUAUAACCAAUCACUAUACAGUGUUGCCUUCAACAAAACCGCCUAUAGCCGUUAGUAAUCCCGAAAACGGACAGUUCAAUUCCAAUUAUUUGAUUGUUGGUGUGGGAGGGUUUAUAUCCGUUCUUCUACUUGUUAUGAUCAUACAGAAGUGUUUGAAAUCAAAAUCGGCACAGCGAAACAUUUCCAAAAGAAAAGUAGAAGAUUACAAUGCACCCGUUGAUUCUAUUGUUAAAUCACGUGACACCGACAAAAAGAAAUAUGGCGGACUUUAUCACUACGGAAACAAAGACCACUUUUAUCAACAAAUGGAGUCUGAUUACCAGGAAAUCGAUCAAUGUCUAGAAAUGGCAAAUAUGACUCCAGGGGGACGAAAACCACCUGGUACAGAAGAAUCCAGUUCGUCAUCUGAACCUAACGACUCUUAUUUAUCACCAAUAGCCGGAAGUGACACGUAUGUUGAACCAGUGACACAAGAAGCGUAUAUCGAACCACAGAACUUACAACCGUACUUAGAUUCUCAUAAAAUACCUAAGGGAAGAGAAAAUAGCAGUAAUGAACGAUUUCAUUCUUACAUAGAAGUGGUAGAAUUAGGUGAAAUGAACCCAACAGAAACUAUAAGCCAUACAAAUCCUGAUAACGUGCCUCGACUCUCAUCGUCAUAUGAUGAUGUCAUGUGGGAGUGUCCGGCCGUUUGUCAUGAAAUGGAUGACGAAAAAGACAACUCUUAUCUUGAUGCUGUCUUCUCAUGAUACUUUGAUCAGCUGAUUACGCGAACGUGUUUCGAGUUAUCGCUAAUAAAUGGGUGCCAAAUAUACUCAGGGAUGUAUUCAUUUUGCUGUAUUUUAUUUUCAUUUUCAUGAAAUGAUUUCAAAAUGUUUACAUAUCUAAUGUUGUGCCUUUAACAUCCCAACAAAUUGUAAUGGUGGCCAUUUAUCUAAUGACUGUAAAUGUAAAGAACAUGCGUGCAGAUCAACAUAAUAAUUAUAUUCUAACGGCUGGGAAUUCCGACAGAAAUAAAUGAGAAUGUAAAUAUGAGAUGUAAAGUUCAUUUUAAUUCACAUGAACUGAAACCUCGUGAGCAUUUUUUUUAAUUAUCCCUUUCAACAUGACUCUGGUGAGCUGUGUGGCCCAUGUGGCUCUUGUUGAAAAACUAUAGCGCCUCACGCUGAUAUGUAAUGAAAUGCUUUUCCUUGGUUUAAACGGGUUAUGCAAAGUUUUCUGCAAUGUGUGUGAUUAUUUAUGUCCUGUUAAACAAACAAAACGUCGACACUUUCAUAGCUAUAUUUAGAUUUUUCUGCAUUUUGAAAAAAAAAAUCAUAAGUAUUUCUAAGUAUGUAGAUUUAAAAAGAUAGAUACUAUUGACCUGUAAGUUAAAAGUAACAGCUGAAAAUCAUCUGGCCUUGACUUCAUGUUUGGUUGGUUGGUUCUUUUACUCAUAUUGAUAGGUCACCAUUUAUAGGUGAAGUACUACAAAUUUAGACAAAUGAUCAGCGGCGCUUUUGACCGCAUAUUUAGCAGCAGGGUUUCUUUAUUGUGUCAUAACCUUCUGUUACCUUCAUCUUCAAGGUCAUAUUCGAAAGAAUCGCGAUUCUCACUUCUACAUACCGAGCACUCGGUGACGGAGCAAUCAUUACUUACACUGACUGUUUACAUCUUAGGUUUGACACGGCCGUAGCCUGAACGGGGCUCGAACUAACGAAGAGAACCCUGUUCCACUGGGCUUCAUCGACCAGUUCCAUAUUUGGUAAUGAUUUCCAUAUUUGAACAACGGCAAAGAAAAACUUAUUCAAGAAGGAAAACUCUAAACUGAUGAUAUAAUCCAUUAAAUAAAACUGGUACAUGCAAGCUUUAUCUUGCAUUCGUAAUUCAGAUAAAAGGUAGAAAUAAACCAGAAUACUUAUAACAUAUUUGCAACAAUUAUAAAGAUACAACGUAAGAGGUGGCGAGUUCGUUGGAAGGUGAAUAUUUAUACGCGGACAGUUAGAAAAAUACAACUACCAAUUCACAACUUCCCUCCACCACUACCACCCCACGAAAUAAUUCAUUAGAACUAUUCUUGGGAUUCUCCCAAAUUAUAUGAAAUGUGACAAACGAUAAAUUCAUUGGACCUUUUAGACUUGUUCCCAGUAGAAGUUAGUGUAUAUGAUUUUAUGAUUAUGUUUUGUUCCCGAUUCUGUCAUACUGUUAAUACAGAGUUGUGUAUAUA